AUGAAGGUUGUUCUGCUGUUGUGUUUCGUCGGCCUCGCCGCGGCGGACCUAGAUCUGCCAAACAUAGGAAUUGGCGCAGCGUCUUCCCUGGUUGGAGCUGCAUCAACCAGCAUCACUGCAUCAGAGUCAGCCUCGGCUUCAGAAUCUUCAUCGUCCUCAUCUUCAUCUUCCCUGUCAAAAAGUUCAUCAUCCUCUUCGUCAAUCGCCAGUUCGGCUGCUGGAGCCGUGGCAGGAGCGUUGAGUGGAGCUGGUGCCGGACUGGCUGCAGGUACUAGGGCCGGAGCGAACACUUUGGCUUCAGCAAACGCUGCUGCCGACGCUGGAGCUAUCGCCGGAGCUGGAGCCGGAGCCGUCGCUGGAAGCAGAGCCGGUGCUAAUGCUCAUGCUGCUGCCAAUGCUGGAGCGGUUGCAGGCACGUUGGCUGGUACUAGGGCCGGAGCCGUUUCUGGCGCAGAAGCUGGAGCGAUGGCUGGAGCUGGAGCUGUUUCUGGAGCCGUUGCUGGAGCCGAAGCCGGAGCUGCUGGAUACCCCGCGGGAUUCUACAAGUACCCUGCGUACGUUCCAUUUGCCUACUACCCAGUGUACCCAGGGCUGCGCAAUGAUGCCUUCUACCCCUGCCCUGCUGUUGCCAACGCCAACCGCUACUCCCCUGUUCAUGUUCCAUUUGCCUACUACCCAGUGUACCCAGGGCUGCGCAAUGAUGCCUUCUACCCCUGCCCUGCUGUUGCCAACGCCAACCGCUACUCCCCUGUUCAUGUUCCAUUUGCCUACUACCCAGUGUACCCAGGGCUGCGCAAUGAUGCCUUCUACCCCUGCCCUGCUGUUGCCAACGCCAACCGCUACUCCCCUGUUCAUGUUCCAUUUGCCUACUACCCAGUGUACCCAGGGCUGCGCAAUGAUGCCUUCUACCCCUGCCCUGCUGUUGCCAACCGCUACUUCCCUCACGCCGAGGUACGAGCGGAUCCUUUCUACGCGGAGGAGGUGCCUUACGUUCACCAAUACCCAGCUUACCCCGUGGAACACCCUGCCUUCCACUACCACAAAGCAGCACCUGCUUUCCCCUACUACAAGGCCGCCCCUGCCUCGGCUUUCCCUUACUACAAGGCCGCGCCUGCCUCGGCUUUCCCUUACUACCAGGCUGCCCCUGCCCCAGCCUACCCCUUCCUCAAGUUUGCCCCAACUCCUGAUGUAUCUUACCCCUUCACGGCCACCCCAGCUUAUGAAUCCUAUCCUUACUUGAAGGCUGCUGUUCCUAUGGAAGCUGCUUACCCUUAUGUGAGUGCAUACCCAUAUGCUUCAGGCCCAUUUGCUUAA